CGAAGCGGCUCCGGGUCUGGCCCCAGCGGGGACGGGGCAGGAGAGCGGCUCGGGCUCCUUCUCGGAGAGAGCCCAGCACCCUGCCCUGCUGAGCCGAGCCGAGCCGAGCUGAGCCUUCACGGAGCAGGACGUGGGAAUCACCAUGGCUCUGGUGACAUGGGCACUGCCUCUCCCCUACUUGAUGCUGCUUCUGCUCCGGAGACCCCCAGGUGCGGGUGCCCAGGGGGGUCCAGACUUCGAGCUGCAGCAGCCCCAGGACAAGGUGUCGGUGGCAGCGGGGCAGACGCUCACCCUGACCUGCACCACGUCUGGAACUGGUCCCCCUGGCCCCACGAAGUGGCUGAAGGGCUGGGGCAGUGGGAGCGAGACCGUUUAUGAACAGGCGGGUUCCUUCCCCCGCGUGACGAGGGUAGUGAGUGAGUCCAACACAGACUUCAGCAUCCGCAUCAGGGAUGUUCGCCCCGAGGAUGCCGGCACCUAUUACUGCGUGAAGUUCGACAAACGGCUGGGCAGUCUUGAUGUGUUUCGGCAUGGAAAGGGCACGGUGGUGUCCGUGCACGCCAAACCCACCCCCCCAUUCGUGUCCGGACCCAACAACAGAACGGGGCUGGGGCAACGGGUGCCUUUUACCUGCACGGCCGGAGGGUUCUUCCCCAAAGAGGUUGAGGUGAAAUGGUUCAAGGGCAAGGACCGGAUCUCAGUUCAGCCGCCCAAUAUCACCCUUGGGCAGACGAAAUCCUCCUACAACAUGUCCAGCACUGCGGUGGUGACACUGCAGGAGGACGAUGUCCGCUCGCAGCUCAUCUGUGAGGUGCGGCACUCCACGCUGAUGACCCCGCUGAGGGGGAUGUACAAGCUCAGCAAAGCCCUGCGAGUUUCCCCCAGCGUCAGCGUGGUCGCUGACGUGCCGAGCCCCGUUGAGGUGAACAAGACCAUGAACUUCACCUGCCACGUGAAGGGGUUUUACCCAAGAGAUGUGGCCGUCGCCUGGCUGGAGAACGGGAUGGAGAUAAAGGUGGAGAACAUCUCCCAGCCGGUGGAGACCCCCCGGGGCUUGUUUGAGCUGAGGAGCGUGGUGGAGGUCCAAGCGACGGAGGAGAAGAACGGGUCCGUGUUCACCUGCCGAGUGGUGCACGAUGCCCAGGACCCCAUCAGCGGGACGGCCACCCUGUGGAUCGCUGCCCCAGCCAGGGGGGGAUCGAGCGACAGGACCCAGGCAGGUAACGGUGUGUGCCUCCUGUCCAGCCCUGGCUUGUGGCUUGGCAUCCUGCUAGAGAAGGGGCUUCUCGGCGGCCUCCUCAUCUUCCUCUUCAAGCGUGCGAGGGCAUGAGAAGGGAAAUGCCAGGUCCGCCACCUCAUCCCACUCCGCGUCGACCUUCGGUUCCUCGGAUCGCAGCACCGGGAGCGGGUCCCGGGACUCGGCUGCCGCCGGCUUUGUCGUGUAUACCGGGAAAUAAAGGGGCUGCGAUGCAAA